CUCCCUCCAGAAGACUGGCGCUUUAGAACAUCAAGUCGGUCGAGUCUCAAAUACUACUUCUAUUGAUGACAUAUCGGGUCAUAGAUCGAAUUCAAGGUCAGGAAGCGAAAAAUAGAGCUUAGAUUGACCACGGAUUCACCUCCUAAGCAUAGAAAUCGCACCGGAAUAUUCCCAUCUGGGACUUCAGUUUUCGAAGAGCUUGGCUACUACAACUCUUGCAACUUCUGUUUCGAAACCUUGGUCUUUGAUGCAGUAUCUCUGAGCAAGAAAGCCAUGGACUCGCCAUUCGAUAACAAAAUCUUCCAAGAGGCAACCCUUGUCAAAGCACUCUCGUCACAUACCUAUGAAGCCUACUUCCACAAGAACUGGUGCAUCUACUCUGGUAAGUCCAACUCUAAUCCUCUCAAAGCUCAGGACUAAUCCAUAUGCAGUUCCACAUGGUGGCUAUGUUACUGCUUGCUUCCUCCAAGUAGCGGCCACUCAUUUCAACACUACGCUUGCCGCGCAAAAUCAACCUCACACGACAGCCCUUCAUGUCGACUUCUUGAGAAGAACUGAGGUUGGCCCAGCGCUUUUCACAGUAAAAGAUACGAAGAUUGGCCGGCAAGCAUCUGUCAUUCAUAUAGCCCUCACUCGUAAGUAGCUUUCAUCUUCGUUCCUAGCUGAGAUUUCAACAAUGAGAAUACAUACUGACACACUCUAGAAAAUGGACGAGAAGAAACAUUGGCUGUCAUCACCAACUCUAAUAUGCAUACCGAGACCGGAGCAACCUAUCCCACUACUUACAGAUUGAAUCCAGAACCAAUUGCAGUCUCGUUUGACCAAUUGUCUCGGAAUGAAGAUAAGAAUUGGCGUCGUCAAGAUAACAUGCCUUACAAGCAAUUCAGAAAAGCACUUGAGAAUAUGGAGUUUUACUUUCCUCGAGAUGGUCAGAAGAGUAGGACUUGUGCGGAUCAGUGGGUUAGGUUGAGGAGAGGCGAGAAGUGGACAAAUCAUUCGUUGGGAUUCUUGUCUGAUGCAUGGCCAGUAAGUUCCAGUCAGACCCAUCCUAAAUUCCAUAUAUAUAUAUAUAUAGAUGACAUUUAUAUAAGAACUCAUUUUGAUGCUUACCCUCAAAGAUAUCCGUCGAGGCUCUACGACAUACUGAAAAUCCCUACGACAUCACCCCCGAAGCCGCCGCAAACCGCAAAACAGAUUCCAAGGACAUCGGAACAAUGGUAUGUACUGUACAAACCCCUCCAACCCCAUCCUUCCAUUCUCUAACAUCCUCUCUUCAUUAUUAGUGGUACCCAACCUUGCUUCUCAACAUAGAUUUCAAAAAAACACUGCCUGCCAAAGGCGUUGAGUGGCUUUUCGUACGUGCGGAAUCGAAGCAGAUUAAAAAUGGAAGGUUGGACGUUGAAGUCACUAUCAAAGAUGCUUCUGGCGAUCUUGUUGCUGUAUCCCAUCAUGUUACUUUUGCGGUUGGGUUGGAGAGGAAUCUUGCGAAGAGAGGUGGUGGUGGUGGUGAGGCUAAGAUUUGA